CACACAUAUUGUGCAGAAACCUGCGACUGGUCUGCCAUGCAUGGAUGCAGCUCACACUGACUAUGGUGUCUAUGGGAUUUUUUCACAUUUAUAUUCUGAAAACACAGACAUGGGAAACUGCAACGACUCUUCAGUGGAGGAACUCCAGGCCUGUGAGAGUCACCAGUGGUACAGGAAAUUCAUGACCGAGUGCCCAUCGGGACUUCUCACCUUCUACGAGUUCAAGAAGUUCUUCGGCCUCAAGAAUCUGUCCGGGUCGUCGGACGCUUACGUCCGGACUAUGUACCAAACGUUUGACAUGAACAAUGACGGUUUCAUCGAUUUCAUGGAGUAUGUGGCCGCCCUGAGUCUGGUGCUGAAGGGGGAAGUGAAGCAGAAGCUCCGCUGGUAUUUCAAACUCUAUGACAUUGAUGGAAGUGGCUGCAUCGACCGCGACGAGCUGCUUCAGAUAGUAAAGUCCAUUCACGCCAUCAAUGGAAUCGAUCAAGAAAUAUCAGCAGAAGACUUUACCAACAUGAUGUUUGACAAGAUUGACAUCAACGGAGAUGGUGAACUGUCUUAUGAAGAGUUCAUGGAGGGGAUUCAGAACGACGAGAUGCUCCUGAAGAUGCUGACAGAGAGUUUGGACCUGUCACACAUUGUCAAUAAGAUCCAAGAAGAGAUCAGAGCUUACAAUUAGAGCUUCAGAGCUUACGACAGACUCUGAAGGACACGUUUGUCUCUAUAACUGUGCCAGAGCUGAACGAGUGGAGACGUGGGUUCAGGACAGUCCACAGAUCACAGUGUGGCACCAGCUGAACUGUAUGUUAGGUUUGUGUGAGCUCAUUAAUGCAUCAACAAAGACCUUCAAUAAACAUAGAGAUGUCGUCAUUAGCUUUCAAAUGCAACAUACACCAACUACCUCAUGACGUUUUUUUUACAAGCUACAGUAUAUAUGUGCGUGUCAGUGAGUCACAUUUACAUUGUCUAUGCUGCUUUAUCAUGAUAAAUGUUCACAUAUGUCAUAAGUAUACAUAAUCAGUGCAUCCUCUGUAUUAUUGCUAUGAUUUUGGAAACUGCAGCACGUUGUUUUAGAAUAGAUACACAAUCAUCUUCACAUGUUUUGGUUAACUGACUCUUUUGAGACACUGCAGAAAAUAAAGAACUUUUCACAUCUAA